AUGGACAUAGACGAUGAGCACGAUCUGGAGUUGGCACAGGCCUUGGCUCUGAGCCUUGCAGAGGAGGAGCAGAGACAGGCGAGAAACAGGGCGUCGACAAAGUCUAACCGGAGAUCGAAGCGGCAAUCCGACGUGGUGGUCAUCAGCGACGACGACGACGACGACGACGACGACGACAUUGUCGAAAUAUCCACUCCCAAGCCGACCACAGCAAAGCCAAAGGCACCCUCACGCGCUCCGUCAGCAAAACCGUCCAUGGCUCCACAACCAUCCACUUCUUCCCAGCAGCCACCGCCAAUGCCACCUCAGGCUGUUGGCGCCGGUCCACUUUCUUUCCUCGCCGACAGAGCCCAACUGGAGCGGGAACGAUUAGCACGCCAAAAGCGCCUACGACCCCCUUCUCUCCGCCGCGAGCUGAGCCCCAAUCCAGUGGUGAAGAGGACUAUUCUGAGAGUGGAAACGGUGAAUGGAGCGCGGACCUUCCCUUCAGGUUCUUUACUCAGGAUUGACACCAAAUACGCCACAGACCCCCAAACACCAAGCAUCCGACUUUCUGAGGUGCUGGGGCCGAAGAAAGACAUCGCGCUGGCCAUUUUGUCGUCUUUCGUUGUUGACCCCGUGUGGUUAUACUCGUUCUUCGACCCUUCGACGCCAGUGGUGCUCGUAACAGACGCGAAUAUGUGUGGCGCAAAGGGAGAUGGGGACGGGACAGGCUCAGGACCGCUGCUGAAGCAUAUGCUUCCCAAUUGGGUUCGUGUCUGCCCUCGACUGCAUCGGACAGGUGGCUUCGAAGGCUGCAUGCAUAUGAAGUAUAUGUUGUUGUUCUCCAAAACGGGUAGCCUGCGUGUCGUGAUCAGCAGUGCCAACCUUGUCCCAUAUGACUGGCGCGAUAUAGAAAACUACAUUUACAUUCAAGACUUUCCACCGGCCUCCACGGGUGCUACAAUAACCCACCGACCUGGUGAGAAACCAGGCGAGACUUUCCCAGAAGUACUCUCAGAAGUACUUCGCGCGACGGGUGUAGAGGAAGGGCUAGCAGCGUUGAGGAAGGAUGGGCACAAAACGCUGCCUCUCAUGACGCUUGCUCCAACCACCUCCUCGUCAUCAAGCAAGCCCCAUUCUGCGCUGGAACUUGGCUGGGAUUGGAGAGCCGCAAGUUCAAACCGGGUCGCCCUUGUUCCUAGUGUGUCUGGGAAAUGGGAAGGCUGGGCUGGUCCGACGGCGGUCCUGAAAUAUGGUCAAACCCGUCUUCUUCGCGCAGUGGUCAUGGUGAGCUUGUGCUCGAUUGCCUGGUGGGCUUACUUCUUUGCUUCUUUGUCCGGGACUAAUACCCUGAAGGCAUCUUCAUUAGGGUCAUACGAUGCGCCAUGGAUUGCGGCGUUCCGGUUAUGUGCUGCGGGUCGACCAAGAGCAUUGCAGACAUACCUUGACCGGGGCAGAAAGAGGACUCCGCAACAAGGCCCCACGCAUAUACUCUAUCCGACGGUGGAAAGUAUCAACCUCACCACGCUAGGUCAACGCGGCGGUGAGACGCUCUUCUGCCGCCCGAAGCAGUGGAAGGCGAUUCAGGACCUGGGUGGGAUUGGCGGUACGGGUGUCUCGGGCUUGCGCAUGCUCGAUGCGAAAAGUCGAUGUGGGCCGGUGGGGAUGCAUACGAAGAUGAUUCUUGGUACUCUUCCCAAGAGGGUUGGCGCGCUUGCUGUCGAGGACGAUUCAGAAACGGAGAGCGAUACGGAGAGUGAGACGGAGAGUGACGACGAUAUCGAGAUCGUGGAAGCGAAACCCACACCCCCGCCACAUGCUUGGAUGUAUGUCGGCUCACACAACUUCACUGCUGCGGCCUGGGGCAAGCUGGGUGGGAGCGGGUUUAACCCUGUUUUGACUAUCAGUAAUUACGAGCUUGGGGUCGUUUUGCCGUUGGCGACGGCUGCGGACGUGGACAGGUCUGUUGCUUGGGGACGGCCAGCGCGGCCGUAUAUCAAGGGAGAUGAACCUUGGAUUCAGCCUAUGUUACGGAGUGGACCAAUGUGA